AUGCCCGAGAAGAGAAAAGGCACCAUGCCGUCCCCUCCUGCUAAACGCCCUCGGAUUUCUCACGAGAACGAAGAGUCCUCAGAACAAUAUGAGCAGCCCCGUCAAAAUUACACCUAUGGCCAGAGGGGUGCGUUCCCCGGCCUAGACGACGGCGGCGAUGAACUUUUCUAUGGUCCAGCGGAUGAUGGCAUGGAAUAUCUGCGAAUGGUUCGAUCCGAAGCGAACGCCCUGCCAACCUUGUUCGUCGCAAGUACUCAAACCUCCACUCCUCAAGACUCCAGCCCAAGCAAACAAAAUGAUUCGGAACCGCCGAGCGCAAGGAAGUCUUCUAUGCCGAGCGGCUUCUUCGCAAAGGAGUCUGCCUACAUAGCUCCCGCGAUAACUACAGAUGCAAACGCGCAUUCCCCCUCAAAGCUCGAAGACCUUUAUCCCCCUGCGCAAAUAUCCUACUACAACCUCCUUCGCCAUCGGUUUCUGCUUUUGAGAUCAACUCUCCGAUGCAGCCCGCCCGCUGAGGCCAUUCGUGCCCUCGACUCCUCCCACCCCGUCAGUCUCCCCCGAAACUCUGGGUCUGCGCAUAGAGAAUGGCGCCGGCUCCUGCUAGCAGUCAACCCACAAAUGGUUCAAGUGGCAUGCAUGGACAUGGAGAGUGUGUUAGAGGCACUGGAAUUACUAGCGCGAAUGAUCUCCGAUGUUGUGAAGAGUGAGAACGCGGAGCGCGCUCGGCGCAGUGGAGCCUGGGCCUGGGCCCUGCUAGGAAAAUGUCGCGAGGUCGGACAGCUGACGACUGAGGAGGUCGGCGUGAUUCGAAACUUGGGGAAACGAGCCGCGACAAUCUUACGCAAAGUACAGGAGUUAGAGAGCAGCCGUUCUCAAUGGACUGAGCCGUCUGUCUCAACCGAGGAUGCAGAAGAUGGUGACUUGAAGGGAGAUGGCUCGAAGGAGGAUGAUCCGCAAGAGACAGCCGUCGAUGAGGACGAACCGACCAAGCAAGAAGACUUGCCAGAAGACUUGCCAGAAGCCACAGGGAUAUCACAGCCCAUCAUGCCCGAUGUGUCAGGGGAGACGGACGAGUUGGAAGCAGCCAAAGCACGACUGGAAGCGCGAUUGCAGAGCUUCGAUGGAUCUGCAGAGGCGCAAAAUGCUAUGCCCGAUGCACCCUUAGAGCAAUCCGAGGUGGAUACAUCGAAGGCGCGCUUGCAGGACCAGCCGCAGAGCAUUGAUGAGCCCACCGAGACACCCCACGACGAAGAAGAAUAUCUGGUGACACAAACUCGCGCUCUACUCGACAUGGUGCUCACAGUGGUGGGUGAGUUCUUUGGCCAACGCGAUCUGCUAGAGUCCCGCGAAGCCUGGAUUUAG